GCACACACUCCCAAAAAAAAAAAAAAAUCGAAACGAAACGAAGCAGACGAAGGAAUCGGAACGGGACUCGAUUUGCCGGGUGUGUGAGGACUUUGUGAGUGGCGAAAGCAACUCAUUGGGCAGUCGGCACAGCACGGAGCAACAUGUGGCACGAGGCGCGCAAGCAGGAGCGCAAGAUCCGCGGCCUGAUCGUCGACUACCGCAAGCGGGCGGAGCGGCGUCAGUACUUCUACGACAAGAUCCAAGCGGAUCCCACGCAGUUCCUGCAGCUGCACGGCCGGCGCAGCAAGAUCUAUCUGGAUCCCGCGGUGGCGGCCGCCGGCGAUGGAGCCGCAAUCAUAGUGCCUUGGCAGGGUCAACAGGAUAACCUCAUCGAUCGCUUCGAUGUGCGCGCUCACCUAGACCACAUCCCAGCGGUAACCAAAAGUGGUGGUGAUGGAGCAGAGACAGAUUCAGAGCUCACCGCCGAGGAGCGACAGCUGAACUAUGAGCGCUACCGUAUUCUGGCCCAAAAUGACUUUCUAAAUGUCAGUGAGGACAAGUUUCUGCACCAGCUCUACCUGGAGGAGCAGUUCGGAGCCAAUGCCCAGCUGGAGGCGGAACGCAAUCUAGCAAAGAAGAAGCAGAAAUCGGGGGGAGCAACCAUUGGCUACUCGUACGAUGAUGCCGGCGAUGCAGCCACCAUUGGUCCUCAGCCCUUUGGAGCGGCCAGUUCGGUGGCAGCUGUGGGAGGCGGAGGAGGAGCAGCAUCAACAGCAGCACCAGCUGUGAUUGCCAAGGGCGACAAGGGCGAAGGCUCCGACGAAUCCGAUUCUGACAUCGAUAUGGACGUGUCCAUUGACAUUUGUAAACUGGACACCACCCAAGCCCACGAACUUAACGCCUGCGGCCGAAAUUACGGGAUGAAGAGCAACGACUUCUUUUCGCACUUGACCAAGGAUGCGGACGAGGCGGAUGCCUUGCGCAUCGCCCGCGAAGAGGAGCAGGAAAAGAUGCUGCUGAGCGGACGCAAGUCGCGCCGCGAGCGCCGGGCUCAAAAAGAGCGGAGGAUCGCAAAUAGACCCUUUAGUCCGCCGAGCUACGCGGCCAAGGAAGAUAAGGACAAGAAGGCAGGCGGCAAAGGCAACGACAAGGACAAAGAGGAGGACAGCGACUCUAGGUCGCCCUCGCCUGCCGACGCGGGCCCCGAGAAAAUCACCUACAUUACCUCAUUCGGCGGCGAGGAUGAGAUGCAGCCGCAUUCGAAGAUCACUAUCAGCCUGACGAAGCCCGGCCUGACCUUGGGUGAGUCCUGCAUUAAUGCCAGCAGCGGAGCGACCAGUGGGGCGGCUGCCGCCUCCUCGGUUUCGUAUGCCCAAAAAGUCAAGGAUAACCUGGACAAACUGAAGAUGAUGAACGAGUCGGCCAAGCGCAACAGGCGUCGCUCUCGCUCGUAUUCCCGAUCCCGUUCCCGCUCCAGGAGUGCCUCUGGCUCCAGAAGCCGCAGUGGCAGUCGAAGACGAAGUCGCCGCAGUCGCAGCUACCACAGAAGAAGCAGGACACGCUCGCGCCGCCGCCGCAGGUUCUACUCCAGGUCAAGGUCUAGAUCCCGGUCACGGUCGAGAUCCAGAACCCGCACCAGGUCUAGAUCUAGGUCACGUACCCGCUCGCGUUCUAGCUCCUGGAAGCGCUACAAGUCUCGCAGCCCCAGCUACAAGCGGUCUAGAAAGCGCUACUCCUACUCCUCGCGCAGCUCCAGUGCCAGCUCCUACAGGCGGCGGAGUCGCUCCCGCUCGCACUCCAAGAAAAAGGUGGCACCCAUGUCGGCAGCGACAGUGGGGGGGUAUUGCCUAAGCACCACCACUACCACGACCACAUCUACUGUGAAGAUGCUCCAGCAGCAGCAGCAGCAGCCGCCUUUGGUCAAAGCUGCUCCUCCCAUGAUUAGCUAUCCCCUACCAUCGCGCGUGCUUAACUUGAACCAAUCGGUGACAGCAAGUGCUCCCGCUGCUGUGCAACCGCAGGUGGUGGAGCCACCACCGCCACCGCUGAAGCGCUACUACGGUCGCAAGAGAGCCAAUGAUACUUCGUCCUCAUCAUCGUCGGGAGCGGAGGCCAGCGAGGCCAGCGACAACGAGGAUCUGCAGCAGCAGCAGCAGUCGGGCAAGCGAACUGAGGAUUCCGAUGAAAUGGAAGUGGACACUGCGUCAGAGCGCUCCCAUGCUCUCCAGCCGGGCAUGUCUUCGUCAAGCAGCACGGGUAAUCAAACAGGCAAAUAUAGUUCUGCUACCGAAACCAAAGGCUCUGGACAUCCCAGCAGUGGAGGUCGCCCCAAUCUGCGCGAGCGGCUUAAGCGAAAGAUGCAAAACCUGCUGAACCGGCAAUAUAAAGCCGACAAGCGGGCGGAAAUUGAGAAAACGGAACGGGAGCGACUGCAGCAACAGGAGCGAGAGGACGAGAUGCGGGAGCUGGCGCUGAAACUGCGUCGAAGGCGUCGCGAGCUACGCCACAAAUACGGCACGCCCUCCAGCGGAAAGCUCUCUGGCAGUGAGGCCGAAUCGGUGGCAUCGGAGAGCCAGCUGGCCAAGUCCUCAACUCGUCGCAGUCGCAGCAGAUCGCCAAGUCGCCGGCGCACUCCUCCACCGGAUCCGCACAGCAGGCGGAGCACCAGCCGAACGGAACGGAGGCGACGCACAAGAACGCCCAGUCCCAGGUACAACCGGAGGCAGCGUUCCCGCUCCAGGAGUGGCAGUCGCGUGGAACGGAAACGUCGUUCCCACAGCCGGCGGCGCAGUGGCAGUCGGGAUCGCCGUCGUUCUCGCAGUCGGCGCAGUCAGUCCCGGCGAAGGAGACAGCGGGAGCGCAGCAUGGAGCGGAAUAGAGAGCGGGAACGAUACAGACAGCAGUACCAGCAACAGCAGCAGCAGCACGAGCGGACGCGGGGACGGGAUCGAGACCGAGAGGCCGACUACGGCCAUGGCGGCAGCGGUAACAGUGGUUCGUCAAAUCGGGGACGGGUCGUCAUAUCGGCCCCACCAAAGCUCAAGAAACUGGUUGACUAUUGACCUGGCGCAGUGCUGUGAAGGAGACUUUUUGUACUCACUUGAUUAUACUCUUGAUAUUCGCAUGAUUGUUUAUAGCCAUAGGAAUCUUUUCUAGAGCGUGUGCUGCGCUAACUGUUGAUUUUGGCCCCAAUAAAGUAAUUUAAGUAAUAA